CCCCACAAUGAUUUAUGAAACCUUGAACAGGACGGAAAUGUUGAUGUAUGGAGCGUCUGUCGCCCUUUUCUCUCUCUCUCUCUCUUUCUCUGCUGACAACGGCGGUGAAGUUUGCAGAGGAAACAGGAAAGGCCUGAGUCGCUUGGUGUUGGAACUCGGGACGGAUAUCCUCUUCAGGAGCCGUGACCCCUCCCCUCUCACUUAACUCUCCCUCUCUUUAUCUCUUUUUAUCGGGUUUCCCCACCUCCAAAGCAGCCGCAUAUUGUCCACAUUUGGGCUCAGGAGGGCAUCGAAGGAAGGUGUCGUGUUCCUCUUGGUUUUCGGCUCAUCAAACCUGAGCAAACUAUGUGUUGGCAUGGCGACGAGGAGGAUGAGGACAGCUCGGAGAGUGACCCGGACGGGCUGUCGCUACUAGAGCAACUGGGUCUGGACCAGAACUCGGAUUUCUCCGACUCAAGUGUGCAGCAGUUCCUGGAUGAGCAGCGUGAGAGGAUUCGCCGGGAAAUCCGCAAGGAGUUGAAGAUUAAAGAAGGAGCCGAGAACCUGCGCCGAGCCACCACGGACAAGAGGAACGCUCAGCAGGUGGAAACCCAGCUCAGGUGCUCCAAUCGCAAGCUAGAUAACCUUCACGCCCAGCUCCAAGAACUGGAUGCUCACAUUGUGGUGAAAGGAGGAGAUGAGAAUAAAGAUGAAUGCCCUCAGUCCCCUGGGACGGAGAGCAGAACAUCAGCCCACAAGGAGCGCAUCGCUGCCCUGGAGAGACAGCUCAACAUUGAGCUCAAGGUCAAGCAAGGAGUUGAGAACAUGAUCCCAAUCUACGCCAAUGGCUCCACCAAGGAUAAAAAAAUGCUGCAGACGGCCCAGCAAAUGCUGCAGGACAGUAAAACCAAAAUCGACAUCAUCCGCAUGCAAAUCCGCAAAGCCGUACAGGCCACCGAGCACAACGACGACGGGCAAGGUAACCACGACAUGUGUGGGGUGGAGCUGCGCAUCGAGGAGCUGAGGCAUCACUACAGGGUCGAACAUGCUGUUGCUGAGGGAGCCAAAAACGUGCUUAGGCUUCUGGGGGCCAGCAAGGUUCAGGACAAGAAAGCCAUUUCGGAGGCACAAUCUCGACUGAGCGAAGCCUCUCAGCGCUUGGACCUGCUAAGGGAUUCUCUGGACCACCGUCUGGCCGAGCUUCCUGAAGACCACCCCAAGGCCAACGUGAUCAAAGAGGAGAUGGUGCUGUCCUCCUCACCGGCCUUCAGUUCUCGCCAUGGCGCCCCCUACGUACACAACCAGUACAGCACCCUCAACAAGCCCUCGCCUCUCACUGGUACCUUGCAGGUGCAGCUGCUGGGCUGCGUGGGGUUGCUGGAGUUGGUACCAGGGCGCAACAAGGGGACUGCUGUUAUGUUGCCUUGUUACAGCCCCGGGGAUACGCGCUCCUUCAUGAGGGGCAACAAGACACUCUACGGCCGGAGCGGUUCAGUCAGCGGGAAGACGCCGAGCAAGACAGAGGAGCUCUCGUCCGAGGUGAGCGCCGUGCUCAAGCUGGAUAACACAUUGGUGGGUCAGACAGCUUGGAAGACUGUCGGGGAGCAGGCGUGGAACCAGACCUUCACCGUGGAGCUGGAGAGGUCGAGGGAGAUGGAGAUUGCGGUGUACUGGAAAGACUACCGCUCGCUGUGCGCUGUGAAGUACCUGAAGCUGGAAGAGUUCCUGGACAACCAGAAGCACACGGUUCAGCUGGAACUGGAACCUCAGGGCCUGCUGUUAGCUGAGGUGACUUUCUUCAAUCCGGUUAUUGAGAGAGUCCCUCGCCUACAAAGACAGAAAAAGAUCUUCUCCAAGCAGCAAGGCAAGGCAUUCCUUCGAGCUCGCCAAAUGAACGUGGACAUCGGAACGUGGGUGAGGCUUCUCCGAAACGCCAUUCCCACCGCCAACAACUCUGGAACGUACAGUCCCAGCGCACACAACCUGGCGCUCAAUUCCGGGGAGAUCUCCGUGGAGAAGCUAAGUCUGGAUAACGACUCGCCGAUAAGAGGCGACUACAAGCGAGAUGCGGAAGUGCACACACCGGACCGCCCGCCAAUCAUCGAGCCCUUUACCCUCCCAGACCUCACUCCUGAGCACCCUGUCCGAAUCCCGUCUGUCAGCAGUAAGCGGAAGAAAGGCCCUCUGUCCCUCCAAGACUUCAGGCUGAUAGCCGUGUUGGGGCGAGGACAUUUUGGGAAGGUGCUGUUGGCCGAGUACAAAAAGACGGGCACCAUGUUUGCCAUCAAAGCUUUGAAGAAAGGUGAUAUUAUAGCACGUGACGAGGUCGAAAGUCUGAUGUGUGAGAAGCGCAUCUUCGAGACGGUCAACAUUUCGCAACAUCCCUUCCUGGUCAACCUCUUUGCAUGCUUCCAGACUCCAGAACAUGUGUGUUUUGUCAUGGAGUACACGGCGGGAGGCGACUUGAUGAUGCACAUCCACACCGACGUCUUUACCGAGCCACGAGCCGUGUUUUAUGCUGCCUGUGUGGUUCUUGGACUGCAGUUUUUGCAUGACCAUAAGAUUGUGUACAGAGACUUAAAGCUGGAUAACCUGCUGCUGGACACAGAUGGCUAUGUGAAGAUCGCCGACUUUGGCCUGUGUAAAGAAGGCAUGGGUUACGGGGACCGCACCAGCACUUUCUGCGGGACGCCAGAGUUUUUGGCCCCCGAGGUCCUGACUGAUACAUCCUACACCAGGGCAGUGGAUUGGUGGGGCCUAGGGGUCCUCAUCUAUGAGAUGUUGGUGGGAGAGUCGCCAUUUCCAGGCGACGACGAAGAAGAGGUGUUUGACAGCAUCGUCAACGAUGAAGUCCGCUACCCGCGCUUUCUCUCAACCGAAGCCAUCGCUAUCAUGAGACGGCUGCUAAGGAGGAACCCGGAAAGGCGACUGGGCUCCGGUGAGAAAGAUGCAGAGGAAGUGAAGAAGCAGCCUUUCUUCAGGAACAUGGACUGGGAGGCCCUGCUGCAGAGGAAAGUGCCUCCUCCCUUCGUCCCGUCCAUCGGUGACAAGGAAGACGUCAGCAACUUUGACGAGGAGUUUACGACAGAACAGGCUGCCCUGACGCCGCCGCGAGAGCCUCGCGUUCUUACGCGCAAGGACCAGGACAGCUUUCUGGACUUCGACUACGUCUCGGACAUCUGCUAGUGGAGCGGGGAUAUCGUUCUGCGGCCCCCUCGGCCUCCUGUAUGAUUGUUUCGUUAAAACACUGUGAAUGAAUGUGGGUAACACUGAAGUUAGGUUUUCCACAUCUGUGGGCUUUUAUAGGCUCAGGCUGAAAGAAAUUGGGUAAAUUAUUGGCGGGACGAAAUCCGUAGGAGUCGCCCAGCUGCCUCUUGUUACCGAUGCCUUACAUUUGUACUCUUAUCAGACACGCGGACCAGUUUUUAUGUUGUCAAGGCUUUGUAUAGAGCACCAGGAAGAGUGACGCAAUGAGCUCCGUGCAUACUUUUCACUGUUUUGUUUAGUUUUUUUUAAGACUCAAGAAAACAUGACCUGUUAAAAGUGUGAAUCCACUGACGACGAAUUGACGCAUUCAGAUGUGAUGGGAAGUUGAAAACAGGGUAAACGGACCACUGUCUUCACGUCAACGCCGCCGACGUUUUCUUAUUUAUGCUGUACGGAUUUUUCACGUGACCACUCUACAGCUGUGUUUGGUGCAAAUGGACUCUGGACAACUGCAAUAUUGCGAAUACCCUGCACAUACGUUUUUCGAUUCGGAUCCGUUCGGGGUAUGUUAAUUGCAAUAAAACAGCAAGUGCAGUUCGCACAUGCCACAAAUAUCA